UUCAUUUUUGGUGGAUAAAGAAAAUAUUUUUUUAGCAAAUUCAAAGAACAUCAUUCGUGGACACGUCUCCAGCCCUGAAUAUUUUCCCUUCCAGGUUGCGAUUAACAUUACCGGCCGCGAAGAUAAAUUCUGUGGCGGAUCUCUCAUUAAGGAAGAUAAAUUGCUGACAGCUGCUCAUUGUUGCUUCGGAGGGAGCUCUUUCGAGAUCCUCCUUGGCGCGCAGAACCUUCGGAGCACAUCGAUUACGGAACCAAACCAGCACGUUAUCACGUCCACGAAAGCCACAAUGCAUGAGUGGUACAGCCACAAACAUUUCCACAACGAUAUCUGCAUUAUUCACCUGGACGACUGGGCUCGUGAGGAGGGAAUUUCCACCGUCCGUCUACCCUCUCGCUCUCAGGUCAAAGAAACCUUUGCAGGGCACACAGCUACCGUCUCUGGCUGGGGAGGCAUCUCAAAUGCUGACGCCCCGAUCAAUCCUGAGCUCAAGUAUGCUGACGUCACCAUCAUGGACAAUCAACACUAUGCAGUUACGUCCUCCCAGAAGCAGUUGCAGACGAGAAGCGACUUUGCACUUACAACCCUGACGGUUCGGGAGACUCUGGCGGCCCGCUCACCAUCACUGAAUCAGACGGAGUGAAGACCCAAGUCGGAAUCGCCAACUUUAUUCCUGGAAUAACCUGCGAAACGCAUUAUUAUCCUGACGGCUACGUCAGACUCACAGCUUACCUUGAC